AUGAAUGCUUCUAAAAGAGAGCUCAGCGCCCUUUUAACAUGGAAAACCAGUCUUGAUAACAAAAGCCAAGCAAUCUUGUCAUCCUGGAAUUCAGACACUCCAUGCAAGUGGGAUGGAAUUGGAUGCAACAAGGCCAGAAACAUCGUGCAAAUUAACCUCACACAUUUUGGUUUAAAAGGUACACUUCAUGAUCUAAAUUUCUCAGCCAUGCCUCAUCUCAUUGGCAUCUACCUUUCUAACAAUUCACUUUAUGGUACCAUUCCAUCAAACAUGUGUUUCCUUUCUCGACUCGAAUUUCUUGAUCUUUCCAGCAAUGCUUUCUAUGGAACACUUCCACUUGAAAUAGGUCAGCUGACAAAUCUUCAAUACCUUGAUAUGCAUAGCAACCAUAUCAAUGGAUCCAUCCCUCGAGAGAUUGGGAAAUUAAGAUCCCUUGUUCAAAUCUCAUUGCGGGGUAAUGAUCUUAGUGGUUCCAUCCCUGUUUCUGUCAAGAAUUUGGUUAACUUGGAACGCUUGUAUCUUUACGAGAACAGGCUUUCGGGUUCCAUCCCAAAAGAGAUCGGCAUGUUAACCUCUCUCCGAGAGAUUGCCUUGCAAAAGAACAAUCUGACCAACGUAAUUCCAGAAUCCCUUGGGAAUUUGAGAAAUUUAGCCCUUUUGUAUCUUUCGGAAAACAAUCUAUCAGGCCACAUUCCUUCUUCACUGGGAAACUUGACUAAACUAAAUAUUUUGUGGCUGAGUAGAAAUCAACUAUCUGGCUCCAUCACAUCUGAAUUAGGAGAACUCAAGUCCUUAGUUGAGUUGACAUUGUAUGCAAAUGAGCUCACUGGCACCAUUCCAUCAGCAAUUAGUAACAUUACAUACUUGAAAAGGCUGUACCUGAGCAGAAACCAUCUCACUGGCCAGUUGCCGGAAAACAUUUGCGCCAGUAAUGUACCACCAGAAAUAGGCAAGUUGUCCCAACUCCAAAUUCUGAGUUUGUCUGGAAAUGAUCUUAGCGGUCCGAUUCCAGAACAAAUAGGAGAGUGUGCACAAUUACGGAAGUUGGACUUGAGCCAAAAUGUACUCACUGGAAGUAUUCCUUCUGAAAUAGGAAACUUGAAUGUAUUGGAGACUCUUGAUCUGAGCCAAAAUAUGUUGUUUGCUUUCUGUGGAUAUAUCAUACAACCAAUUGGAGGGCCCUCUCCCCAACAUAAGUGCAUUUCAAAAGUUGAUGCUUUGAGAAAUAAUAAAGCUCUGUGUGGCAAUGUUGUUGGCUUGAAUUCCUGCAACUCAUCGUUGAGAAAUAAGGCUAACAAAAGCAAAACAGAAAGAAUCAUUGUUCUAAUUGUUCUUCCUGUUUUAGCAACCAUAUUUCUUCUAAUGAUCAGUAUUGGGAUUUUCUUGAUUAUACGACCACGUACAAGAAGUACUGCUCAGCCUGGAAGUUCUACAUUACCUGAAAACUUGUUUGCCAUUUGGAGCUUUGAUGGGAAGUUCGCCUAUGAAAACAUCAUCGAAGCAACCGAGAAUUUUCACCCAAACCAUUGCAUUGGAGAGGGAGGAUGUGGAAGUGUUUUUCGAGCUCAAUUGCCUAAUGGUCAAGUCUUUGCUGUGAAGAGACUUCAUGCAACAGAAAGUGGAGUAUCAGGCACUGCAAAAGGAUUUGAAAAUGAAAUUCGAGCACUGACAGAAAUACGACAUCGCAGUAUUGUGAAACUUCAUGGAUAUUGUUCACAUCCACGCCACUCUUUCUUGGUUUAUGAAUUCUUCGAGGGAGGAAGCUUGCUGCACACACUAAGUGAAGAUGAAAAAGCAAUGGAGUUUGAGUGGAUCAAGAGGAUAAAUGCUGUGAAAGAUGUUGCAAAUGCAUUGUCUUAUAUGCAUCAUAAUUGUUCACCUCCUAUAGUUCAUAGAGAUAUAUCAAGCAAGAAUAUCUUGUUGAACUCUGAUUAUGAGGCUCAUAUAUCUGAUUUUGGGACUGCAAAGCUUUUAAGGCCAAACUCAUCUAAUUGGUCUUCAUUUGCUGGAACUUAUGGAUAUGCUCCUCCAGAACUUGCUUACACUAUGGAAGUAACUGAAAAAUGUGAUGUUUAUAGCUUUGGAGUGGUAGCUUUAGAAGUGAUGAUGGGGAAGCAUCCUGGUGACCUCAUUUCCUCAUUAGAAAUUUCAUCAUCAUCAUCAGCUUCCAACAACAUGAUGUUGCAAGAUGUUUUGGACCCAAGAUUACCACUUCCUGUUCAGCAAGAACUAGGCCAAGUGGUCUUGGUUGCUAAACUAGCACUAUCAUGCAUAAACUCCAAUCCUAAAUUAAGGUUGUCCAUGCAGGAAGUCUGCAGAAAAUUUGUAGUACAAGAUACGUUUUGGAUUGUUUAA